GUCCAUUUUUAAGUAAUGGAAUCGUUAUAAAUAAUUAUCCCCUUGUUGCUGCACAUCUCAUCCUCUUCUUCUCCGCUUAGCUCUUCCGCCUCAUCGCCUUCUUGAUCUUUCUCUUCCUUUUUCAGGGCUACUCCGACCCCAAGCCAUGGGUUACUUCAGGGAAGCCACCGGCAUUAAAGGCCCCAGCGGAUUCGGAUCCGGCAACACCGCCGAGGAGGUCACCAAAGGCAUUGACGCCUCCCAUCUCACCGUCAUCAUCACCGGUGGAAGCAGUGGUAUUGGAGCCGAGACUGCGAGGGUGUUGGCCUUCAGAGGAGCCCAUGUCAUCAUCGGCGCAAGGAACUUGGAAGCUGCCAACAAUGUGAAACAAAGGAUUCUACAAGGCCAAAUCUCACCUGCUAGAGUUGACAUCAUACAGAUUGAUGUUAGCUCACUCAGAUCUGUAAGAGCCUUCGCCGACAAAUUCCUUGCAAUGGAUCUGCCUCUCAAUGUUUUGAUUAACAACGCUGGUAUCAUGUACUGCCCGUUCCAACUCUCCGAGGAUGGUGUGGAGAUGCAGUUUGCCACUAAUCAUCUUGGUCACUUUUUGUUGACAAAUCUUCUCCUUGAGAAAAUGAAAGCUACAGCAGCGAAGACGGGGAUCGAAGGCCGCAUCGUGAAUCUAUCCUCGGUAGCUCACAUUGGACCUUAUAGUGAAGGAAUCAAGUUCGAUAAACUCAAUGACAAGAAGGCAUACAAUGAUAAAUUGGCCUAUGGGCAGUCCAAAUUGGCAAACAUCUUGCACUCCAAUGAGCUCGCGCGGCGCUUGAAGGCAGAAGGUGCAAAUGUCACAGCAAAUUCUGUUCAUCCAGGUCUGGUUAGGACAAACUUGGGAAAAUAUUCUCCCGUCUUCAUGACGGUGUUGAAAACCGUCACUUGCGUCCUGUGGAAGAACAUACCGCAGGGAGCAGCAACCUCGUGUUAUGUGGCAGUGCAUCCGAAUCUGAAGGGUGUGAGCGGGAAGUACUUCGCCGACUCCAACGAGGAGAAGCCGAGCAACAUGACCAGAGAUGCAGUAUUGGCUAAGAAGCUCUGGGAUUUCAGUGAACAACUCGUUCAUUCAAAAUAAGAGGAGGUUGUUGUACGAGUUCUAAGUUUUACGUGGCUUGUUACUGGUUGCGAUAGUGUGUGGCUCAAGAGUAAUGCUGUUAUUGUCUGCUACAUAGCUUGUACUGCUAUAGAUUAAGCAUAUAUGAAAUAAAUUGACCGUACUAGUUGUCACAA